UAGGUAUAUAUGCUCCGUGUACUAGGUCUCUCGUUGUACGAUAUAGACGCUGGUCUGAAUAUGAGCUUGUUGUAUAGACUGGCUACUUUCUUCGGUAUCAUUUCUUUUCUAUACAUGCAUGGGGUUGUUCGUGUUGGAUUUCUCUUCAUCAACUAUUCAUUCACCGUUCUAUAUCUCCGAUGCCCAUAUGAUUUCUUUUCCACGGAAUACCAUCACGUCUACAAACACAACAAUCACGAUCAGAGGAAAACGGAAUCUUCAGAGUACCGCCCGUCCAUUCAAGACUCAGCUACGCUAGGUAGCUGCGAGCCAACUAACUAUCAUGACUGCAAAGGAGUGCGAAGCAUCAAAACAAAGAGGUAUCACUAUGCCACGCCGAGCCCAUGAGAAGAAGAAGGGGACGAAGAGAAAACAAAACAAAUAAAACAAAUAAAACAAGAAAAACAAAAGAGUGCGAGUAUAGGGUGGUACAGCUCCUGCGAGUGUCCGGUUCCCAGAGUCCAGAAUCUCUUCCCUAAUGAAAACCAACCCGAGAGCCCCAGCAACGCCCAAUAUUUUGACUUGUUCCAUAUAAGCUUUCUUUUUUCCUUUUUUUUCUUGUUUUCUUUUUCUUUUCUUUCUUUUCUUCGUUCUCUUCUUUCAUCUUCCUCAUGAAGUCCUUCCCAUCAUCCACGCAUUUCAGUUCCCAGGACCAAAACAAGAAAAGGGGAACAAAAAAAAAAAAGGACCUCAAAUCAUGUUCCCGUUGACACUCACCUCAAACCCCUCCCCCUUCUGCCGCAGCGCCUUCGCAAGCAUGAGCUCCCUCAUCCAAUCAAUCCUCUCAUCGCGAUUCUUCACCGCAAAAUGAUGCGUCUUCCCCGUCCCAUUCGCCCCCUCC